AAACGGUUGGUGCAGUGAUAACAGUGCACAAAAGGGUUUAGCGUGGAGACAGUGUGCGUGAGUUGCAUAAUGGCCGACAAAAAUACUAUCUUUUACUGGGGCUCGGGCUCCCCUCCCUGCUGGAGAAUCAUGAUCGCCUUGCAAGAGAAGAAACUAUUUGGGAUCCCGCAGAAAUUGCUGAGUUUUGACAAACAGGAGCAUAAGUCACCGGACGUGCUGGCUAUAAACCCCAGAGGACAACUCCCAAGCUUCAAGCAUAACGGGAACAUCGUGAACGAGUCUUUCGCAGCCUGCAUGUACCUGGAGAGUCAGUACAAAUCCCAAGGCAACCAACUGAUCCCAGAUGCACCAGCAGAACAGGCUCUGGUCUACCAGAGAAUGUUUGAGGUUAUAACUCUGCAUCAGAAGAUGGCUGAUUAUGCUUUCUACAAUUGGAGGGUCCCAGAACCAGAGCGACACGAAAGUGCACUGGCAAGAAAUAAAGCUGCAUUGACGUCGGAGUUUACCCUCUGGGAAGGAUAUCUGGGGAAGAUGGGACCCCAAUCAUAUAUAGCAGGGAAAAACUUCACCAUGGCUGAUGUCAUGCUGUUCCCACACCUGGCCCUCUGUGUCCGAUUUGGACUGUCGCGGAAGAGAUAUCCAUAUCUGCUCGAUUAUUACAAUCGAGUGAAGGAGCGACCCAGUAUCCAGGCAACCUGGCCCCCUCACUGGAAGGAGACUCCUUCAAGCAUGGAUGCCCUGAAAGAGGUCUGAGCUGCCAUCCAGCACUGUCCUGUUCUCUGAUUUUAAAUAACAUAUCCCUUAUGAACCAGAGUGAUCAGUCACUAAACUUUUGAUCUGGUAUGUGCUGUUCUAUAGAGAAGCUAAUUCUAAUUUGUAUUGUUUAUUGCUGGGACCAAGUAUUUUUUAUUAAAUAUAUGCAAUAUGGAUGAAAUACAUUCAUUUCAAUAUCUGGGUGUCAAGGUACGUUUGUAAUGUGAAAAGGAUAUGUAUAGCAAAAAUAAAGAUUUGAUAUGAAA